AUGCUAAGAUUAUCGAUUCAUCACUUGCGAAGAGAGGAUUUUCCCGCUGAGUUCGUUUUUGGUUCCGGAAGUUCUGCUUAUCAGGUUGAAGGAGCAGUGCUGGAAGAUGGAAGAAGUUUCAGCAUUUGGGACACCUUCGCCCACUCAGGUUUCUAUAGCGGUGCAAAUGGAGACAUAGCCUGUGAUGGGUACCAUAAAUACAAGGAAGACAUUGAACUUAUGGCAGACACAGGUUUGGAAGCAUUUAGAUUUUCCAUCUCUUGGUCCAGACUCAUCCCAAAUGGAACAGGAUCUGUCAAUGUAAAGGGCUUACAAUUCUACAACGAUUUCAUCAACAGGCUUAUUGCCCAUGGAAUACAGCCACAUGUUACAUUACAUCAUGAUGAUCUACCUCAGAUACUUGAAGAUGAAUAUGGAGGAUGGAUUAGUAGAAAAUCAGUGAAAGACUUUGUGGCAUAUGCUGAUGUUUGCUUCAGAGAAUUUGGUGAUAGGGUUUCGCAUUGGACUACCAUUAAUGAAGCCAAUGUAUAUGCUUUAGGUGGAUAUGAUGUGGGUUUCUUACCUCCUGGACAUUGUUCUUCCCCAUUUGGAUACGUUAACUGCAGCACAGGUGAUUCUACUACCGAGCCAUAUCUUGCAGCUCACCAUAUGCUUCUGGCACAUGCAUCAACUGUGAAAUUGUAUCGGGAAAAGUACAAGGCUAUACAACAUGGUUUUGUUGGAUUAAAUGUUUUUGCGUAUUGGUUUGAACCUUACACAAACACAACAGAAGAUGUGAAAGCUACACAAAGAGCCCAUGACUUCUAUUUGGGUUGGUUUUUGAAUCCCUUGGUGAAUGGGGACUAUCCAGACAUAGUGAAGAAGAAUGCAGGCAACCGAAUUCCAACUUUUACCAAACUUGAAUCAGACAGAAUCAAGGGCUCAUUUGACUUCAUUGGCAUAAAUCACUACAGCACGUUAUACAUCAAGGACAACCCAAGUACUCUUGAAACGGAUACCAGGGAUGUUCUUGGAGACAUGGCAGCAACCCUUAUAUAUGGUGGAGAUAGUGGAAAUGGAUCCCUUCCAAUUGAGUUCCUGGUGAAUCCAAUGGGUCUCGAAAAGCUUCUUAACUAUUUAAAGGAAGAAUAUGGGAAUCCUCCUAUCUAUAUCCAUGAAAAUGGCCAACAACAACCACGUAAUGGAACUUUGAUGGACACCCCAAGGGUAGAGUACUUGCAUGCGUAUAUUGGUGCUUUAUUGGAUGCAAUAAGGAAUGGAUCAAACAUGAUGGGAUAUUUUGUCUGGUCCUUCUUUGAUCUCUUUGAGCUGUUGGAUGGCUAUAAUUCUGGUUUUGGUCUAUAUUAUGUUGAUCUGGAUGACAAAGAGUUGACUCGGUAUCCUAAGCUCUCUGCUUAUUGGUAUGCCGAUUUUUUGAAAGGAAAGAACAUGAGUGGCAUAAUUCUAAACUUGAAGGUAAAAAACUCUUUCUCUUCUUCACAUUAAUUAGCUUUUGCCUUUGGCGAUGUUGUAAUAUGAUAAUUAUUGGUUAUCAUACCCAUGCACUUAUAAUCGUUACCAAGUUGACGAUACUUGGCUAGAUUUUUGCAAUUUAAAUAACAUGUAAUAUUUUUUGGUGUAUAUGAACAAAUUUUGGUUUAUUUCCUAGUUUGGUGUUUAAAUUUCUUGUAAUGUCGAUAUAUAGGAGAAGGAAAGUGUAGCACCCGUCGUUAGGGAUUGUUUGAAAACACAGAGAAUAAAACCCC